GUGAGAGGCGACAGAAAGGCGACCCGCCGACAAGACUUGGACAUUAUUUAAGUUUGUCGGGACCACCCAGCGACUGUUUGGACCUCUUUAUUGCCACCAUGACACCUUGAACUGUGCGCGAGCGGUACGACACAGGCGCUCUAACGGUCGGAGAGCGGAAGUGACAGAAGGGGGAAGUUGUUAGGGGAUAUAGGAAAAAUAAACCCCUAAAAAGUGAUUUUCCUGCGUCAAGUUCAAAUCAAUUUUCGUCUUUCUGGAGGAAGGGUGGCCCUGGAGAGUUUGGGGGCAUGGACACCCACAUUAAGGAGGGACAACUCUAUGUGCAGCAUCAAAAGUUUGGAAAGAAAUGGAAGAAGAACUGGUUCGUCCUCUACCCCGCCAGCCAAAACGGCAUCGCCCGCCUCGAGUUCUACGACUCGCCCUCGGGCGGAGGGGGCGGGGCUGGCGGAGGCUCGGGAAGCGGGUCCAAUGAGAAAACCCGGAAGCUCGACAAGAAGAUCAUCCGCUUGUCCGAGUGCAUUUCCAUCCUGCCGGCGCUGACGGAGAGCUGCCCCAAAGAAAACAUGGCCGCCUUCUGUGUGGAGACCAACGACAAGACGCACGUGUUUGCUGCAGAGAAGAACACCACCAAGGACUGGAUGGAUACCAUGUGUGACAUCGCAUUUCAGGGAGGAAGUGGCUGCAGCAACAGCACCGCUGCAGAUCCUACUGGUGGGACGCAAGACCUGCAGAUGUCUGAAAACCUCAUCUACUACUCCAGAGAGGAGGUGAACGAGUUUUGGGUGAGCGUUCAGCGCACGGAGGCGUCGGAGCGCUGCGGGCUAACGGGGAGCUACUGGCUGAAAGCGGAAAACGACGCCCUGAUCUUGAAGGAGCCGAAGACCAAGAGGAAUGUCCUGGUGUGGCCCUACAAGCUGCUGAGAAGAUACGGGCGAGACCGGGUGAUGUUUUCGUUCGAGGCCGGCCGGCGCUGCGACUCGGGUCCGGGUAACUUCACCUUCGAGACCAAGCAGGGCAACGAGAUCUUCAUGCUGGUGGACCAGGCCAUCCAGUCGCAGAAGCUACAAGCUGAGGAGCGCCACCUCAGCUGCCCCGUCAACUUUGACGCGGACUGCCCCGCGUCGCUGCAGCACAUACGCAACGCCGGUCAGGGAAGCGGAGACAGCAGCAGCUGCAGCAGUCGGGAGGCGGACGGCGAUUCAGGCGGCAGCAAACCGGGCUCUGCUGACGGCGUGCUCGGGAAGAGAGAGGGUGGAGAUGGAGGAGGAGGAAGGGGGCAAGGAGCAGCAGGAGGACACAAAGGGAGGAGUUUACCUGAACCACCAGCCAUGUUGGGGGUUUUGGGAGGAGGAGGGAUGGCAGCAAAAGGUCUUUCCUCCACCGAAGAGCAUGCAGGUCUUUAUUCGGAGCCAGCAGAUUCAGUCCGCCUGCCUCUGAGUGCCUCUGACUGCCUUUACUCCGACCCAGUGGACAGCAUCAAGGGUCAAAGCCAAACCGGCACCCCAUCCACCCCUCCAGUGCCCACCCCACGCCUCCGACCAGUAGGAGACGACGCUACGGGAGGUGCCGUCCAAGGGGAUCAUCACCAUAUUGGCAGCAACCACAGGAAGCCACCGGACCUGUACUCACACGUGUACGACCGGAUCAGCCUGGAGCUGAACAUGAAAACGAGCGCGCUGAAUUUAAAUGGGGCUGCGGGGGGAGGAAGAGGGGGAGGAAGAGGGGUGAACAGUAACAGGCGACCCCCAGGAGGUAAAGCAGAAGGGGCUUCAUCACCUUCUGCUUCUCCUCCAGAGCACAUAUACGAUGAACCCGAGGGUUGCGCCAAAGGAGGUGCUAGCAUGUCUGCCGUUUUGGGGAUGAGUAUUUAUGACGAGGCCCGUUUGGAGCCCCACAGCCAGAGGAGACAGGAAGAGGUGGCCCCGUCAGGAUCGGAGGGAAAUUACAGCACCCCCUCCCACAGACACUCUCCUCCUCAGCUGGGCCCGAGCCGCGGCACACCCCAACCUCCGACUCCAAGGUGGCCCAAACCUGUCACCGCCCCCAAGCCGGCCAGGAGCGCUUUUACUCGCAAGGAGCCGGUGCCGCUGCCUCCUGGGAAACAUGGAGGCGCUGGCAGUAAUGUGAACAAUAACAACAAUAUUUGGGGAGGAGGAGGAGGAGGGGGCAGGGAGCUGUACAGCAAAGUGUCUAAACAGAAACCUCCAUCUGCUAAUUCGUGGUACAGCCAGCAUCAGCAGGCGCCGCUCAGAUCGCCUGAUAUCAUAUAUGACAACUUGGGAGAUAUUUGAGAUCCUGUUUUUUUUCUACAGGGACUGAAAUGAAACGUUUAUUGCCUUUGUGAAAAACUAAAGCAGGAAAAAUGAGGCUGAAAAACAGACUUUUGGUCGACGCUUUUAUUCUUGCAGUUUUAGUAAGGACCAAGCACAUUUCUUCUGUCGGGGGACUGGAAGAAUUAUUUGACGCAGUCGAUUCUUUCGGAGUGGAUCAGCUCACAGCUAUGAGAAAACCACAUUACGGCUGCAUUCUGAAACAGGGAGAGAAACUAUGGAAGGGCCACCCUCUGUGUGUGUGUGUUUAAGAAAGAGAAAGAGAGUGUGUGUGUGUUUGCAUGGUCAAACCCAUAAUUGGAGUACCAAUCCACAGUGUGGUUGAAACCAGCCACUUCACUUGAACACACACACACACACACAGACACACACAAACCGUUAGGAUUUGCCAAAAGGAGCUCGGCCUACAGGCUUCACUUUAACAAGCCGAGAGAGCGGAUUGGCUCUUUUAUAAAACGUCUGCCGUGCUUAUGAAGUGACUGGGAAACAUGUUCUUGCACUGCUGCUUUUGCGUUUCUCUGCAAUAUCACACAUGCGACAGCGAGAAGUUACUGUUUGACAGGUCCGUCUUUGUGGCUGGGACUUUACCAACAGGAGCGGAUCUGUUUCUGUUUGUGUUUUCUGGGCUGAUUUAUCAUCCUACAUCCCAAUGAAACAGGGAAAUCUGCAUUUGCAGCGCAGGAAACUAAUGUGCGAUGUUGGAGGAGCCAUUGAUGCUACUGUUUUGGAGGAAGUGUGAAAAGUGGGACUUGGGUGUUAAAUAAUAGAUGUUGUUAGAUAAAAAUGGGCCUUAAAGGGGUCGUGAGGUCACGUGGUCCUCACGAGGUGACUUCCUGCACAAGAUAAUAUAUGAAUCCUUUAUGUUUCUGUGGACCAACUAAAUAUGAAACUAAUCAAUCCCCUGCAAUGUGUCAGUGUGUAUAUGUGUGUGUCAGAAACAGCUGUGCUGUCUGUAAAUAUAACUACUAAUAAAAAU